AUGGAGCAAUUGAGUGACGCCCUGGUGCGUGAGGUCGCUGACCCCAACGCCAUCGACUGGAAGGCUCCCGCAAACAUGUCCACAGGCCCUUCCGCUUACUACCAUCACCUCAAUGGAGUCAACCAGCCUGUUAAUAUGCUCUGGAAGCAAGUCCUCUGGUGGACUUUGGGUGGUAUGGGAUUUAUCAUGCUGGCUAUUCGUAUCGGAACAUUGGUUUGGUCGAAGCUUCGCCAUGUGGCCGCCAUGUCUGAACCCCGCGAGAAGCAAGGAUACUGGAAGAUUUCACAAUGGAGUUGGAUGCCCUCUCUCAAGAAGCAUCUGGUCUACGCCCCUCUCUUCUACAAGCGCCACAACCGCGAAUUCCGCCUCUCUUCCGCCAUGAAUGUUGGGACACUCCCAUCUCGUUUCCACUCCUUAAUCCUUUUCAUCUACAACGGGAGCAACCUUGCUUACAUGCUGGUUCUUGACUGGAAUCAAGAAAACAAGUAUGCCCUUGCAGCUGAGAUGCGAGGCCGCUCUGGAACCCUCGCUCUGGUCAACAUGGUCCCUCUCAUCAUCUUUGCCGGCCGCAACAACCCCUUGAUCGGCAUGCUCUGCAUCAGUUUCGACACCUACAACCUGCUACACCGCUGGCUGGGCCGGCUCACUGUCUUCCAGGUUGUAAUCCACACCAUUGCCUGGUGCAUUCCUGCCGUCGCCGACAGGGGCUUCCAAGGCAUGGUCGACCUCUCUCUCACUCAUGCUUUCUACUGGUCUGGCUGGAUUGGUACGAUCACCAUGGUCAUUCUUUUGAUCACUGCCUUCUCCCCGAUCCGACACGCAUUCUAUGAGACAUUCCUCAACAUCCACAUCGUCACCGCCCUCAUUGCCUUCAUCAUGACUGUGAUUCACUGCCUUGACUCUAACCUUGGUGCCCCUCUUCCUCAAUAUCCCUGGAUCAUUGCCAUCUGCCUGAUCUGGGCCCUUGAGCGAUUUGCCCGCUUUAUCCGCCUUGCCUGGACCAACUAUGGCUCGACUGGUAUGACCUACGCUGUCUGUGAGCCUAUGCCUGGUGAGGUUACCCGUGUCACGAUGCACCUGCCUCGAUAUGUUAGGAUUAAGCCAGGUACCCACGCUUACCUUCGAUUCUUCGGCAUCCGAUCUUGGGAGAGCCACCCGUUCUCCACCGCCUGGGUCGAGCAUAACCACGGUUCUCACACCUCGCUUCCUGUCUCCGAGAAGGACCCACUUGCCAAUAUCAGCCGCGACUCUUCCUCGACCAGCGUCUCAUUCCUCGUUGGUGCCCAGACAGGCAUGACCAAGCUUCUAUACGAAAGGGUUAGCCAGAGUUGCAGCAUCGGUGGCAGCAUGAGAAUCAAGGCCGCCCUCGAAGGACCUUACGCCGGACACCACAGCCUCGACUCGUACGGCCACGCUGUGCUCUUUGCUGGCUCAACGGGCAUCACCCACCAGCUAUCCUAUCUUCGACAUCUCCUCCAAGGCUACAAUGAUGGCACUGUUGCUACGCGUCGUUUGACUUUGGUAUGGAUUAUCCGAGACUUCGGUUCCCUCGAGUGGGUCCGACCCUACAUGGACCAGAUCCUACGCAUGCCCAACCGAAAAGAUAUCCUUCGCAUCCAGAUCUUCGUUACACGCCCACAGAACCCGAGCGACGUUACCAGCGCCAGCAAUACUGUUCGCAUGUUCCCUGGACGACCGAAUAUUCCCCUUCUCCUGGUCAAGGAGAUCCAAGAGCAGGUUGGCGCCAUGUGUGUCACAGUCUGUGGCCCAGGUGCCUUGGCUGAUGAUGUGAGAGGUGCUGUAAGGGCAGUACAGGGCGAGACCGUCGUGGAUUUUGUUGAGGAGAGCUUCACAUGGUAA